AUGAGACAAGGACCGAAGGAGAGUUUUGCGGCGUUCUUGCCUAAGUUCGAAAAAGAGCUCGCAGAGAGUGGAGAAGCCACCUGGGCGGACUCUGUACGAAUCAACACGCUGAAGCGUGUCAUCAACCAAGAACUCCGUACCCAUCUCGCGGCCAACCUCGAGGAUCUGCGAUUCUACAACCAGCACACGAACAACAAGAACUUAGACGUCAAGUCACCCAGCAAAGAUCGCCCUCAAGGACAGAAACUCCGGUCACCAGAUCGGAUGGAUUGGGAGCCCGUAAAAGCGAGUCGGUUGACAGAUGAACGUACGUGUUAUGAGUGCGGAAAACUCGGCCACAUUGCGGCCCACUGCUCGAAGAACAAGCGACAGCAGCGGCAGAAGAAUGUUCGUGUCGAGGAAAAGACGAAGAGCUCGAGAGCAAAGCACCAGGAGCCCGCUGAGAGCUCUCACGAUGAGGCUUCCGACGAGUAUUCGGAAAACGAGUAG